AAACAAGUCAAAUUAACAUCACAAUAUUUAAUAGAACAUGAAGGAAUAAUUUAAUGACAAUAUUAAACCAUUACAAAAUGUCACCACCAACCCAAAAAUUAUCCACGGCGACAGUAAAUAGAGCACUCGAGCGGGCAGACACGACCUGAUCGCCUUUACAAGCAGAACAUAAAAAAAACGAUUGUCUGCGAUGGAACUCAAAGUGUCUGUGGACGGCCUCCCGCGUUUGGUUUGUGGCGUUACGGAGGAGACCACAAGCCAGGACGUGGUCACGGUGUUGGCUCAGGCAUUGGGCCAACCGGGACGUUACAUGCUACGGGAGUCCUACAAAGACUUCGAGAGGUGCAUGGCGCCCAAGGAGCGCCCCCUGGAGACACUGAGGAAGUACGGGGAACACGCCAAGGAGGUCCGGCUCACGCUGCUCCAUAGCGGACCAUGGCUCUGCGACCAAAUGAGCCGCGCCAAAGUGGGCCGCCACCAGCUGCGGCGGAAGGAAGCCGGCACCAAAGCGUGGCGGAGAAGCGGGUUGCUGAGUCUGCACCGGCAGAGUCUACCGCUGAGGCGAGAUGCCGAGCGCCAACACGAGGACCUGAAGAGGCCCAAGAGAAAGUCUUUGACGUUAAUGGAGGAGGCUCGGGGCUGGUUGGAGAGUCUGGGGAAGACACGGGUUUAUAGCACCGCCGGUGACAAGAAGAACCGGUCUUUCCUCAGCGUCACUCUUUCCUCCGAGAAACGCCAAGCGGGAGGCCACAGGAACACGUCCGACUUGGACCACCAAACAUCUUGCUGCAUUGGCAUUCAGCAGAAGAGCAAAGAGACUGAAAGUUCCCAGCAGGAUGAGAAGAACCGCCUCCGAGGGACAGUCGUACGCCAGCUCACUCGCAUCCAAGACCUCCAGAGCCACACGGCGGGUGUGGACCGGGAGAUCUGGGAGUUGGAGGAGCGAGCGCGGGCCCGACAAGAGCAGCAGAAGAUAAGUGAAGACCAAGAAGAGCAGGUGAAGUUCUGGGAGAAUGAACUGAAGGCGGAGGAAGGCUUCGAGAGGGAACUGCAGUGCUUGUUCCUCGACACCAGGACCAAGGUCGCAGACUGCAAGGCCAGACUGGAAGGUGCGGACUCCGAGAGCCAAGACUGUGCAGACCACGACCCGACAACAUCCCAGGACCACUGUGGUCUGGAUGGAAAUGUUGGCAGGCCCUCGGGAAACCUCUACUACCCUCCUCCUACGAUAAAGGAGCGGCGGCCCACUGGCCCGGCAGAGCUCAGAGAAUGGUGGACGCGCUGGUCUGAAAGCCAGAGGUCCAAAAGCAGCAUGAAGAAGAUCCACCGCUCAGAACUCACCAUCUACUUGGCCAGCACCAAAGUCUGAUCAAGUCUUCUCCUUGUCCACUCUGUUUCUGACAUAUGGUGGUGCUGUCAUGUCCACUCUGUUUCUGACACCUGGUGGAUCUGUCAUGGAACCUCCACUCCGUUUCUGACACAUAGUGGAUAUGUCACGGAAUCUCCACUGUUUCUGACACAUGGUGGCUCUGUCAUGGAACCACUACUCUGUUUCCGACACAUGGUGGAUCUGUCAUGGAACCUCCACACACCUCUGUGGGUCAACUUCAAACUUCUCAACGCAUUUUCUGAAACUUGGUACACAUUUUUUUUAGGAGUUUUUUUUGGUUGCAUUCACGUUUGAAAAUUGACAAAAUGAAUUAAAAACUAAUCGGUGCGGCAUCUUCAGUAAUGCGGACGCUGUAUCGAUCCGUUGUGGUGAAGAAGGAGCUGAGCCGGAAGGCAAAGCUCUCAAUUUACCAGUCGAUGUACGUUCUCAUCCUCACCUAUGGUCAUGAGCUUUGGGUUAUGACCGAAAGGACAAGAUCACGGGUACAAGCGGCCGAAAUGAGUUUCCUCCGCCGGGUGGCAGGGCUCUGCCUUAGAGAUAGGAUGAGAAGCUCUGUCAUCCGGGGGGAGCUCAAAGUAAAGCCGCUGCUCCUCCACAUCGAGAGGAGCCAGAUGAGGUGGUUCGGGCAUCUGGUCAGGAUGCCACCCGAUCGCCUCCCUCGGGAGGUGUUUAGGGCACGUCCGACCGGUAGGAGGCCACGGGGAAGACCCAGGACAUGUUGGGAAGACUAUGUCUCCCGGCUGGCCUGGGAACGCCUCGGGAUCCCCCGGGAAGAGCUGGACAAGUGGCUGGGGAGAGGGAAGUCUGGGCUUCCCUGCUUAGGCUGCUGCCCCCGCGACCCGACCUCGGAUAAGCGGAAGAAGAUGGAUGGAUGGAUGGAUGGAAUUAAAAACUCACGCUUUGAAAAUAGACAUCAGUUAAAACUAAAAUCAAAAGCACUCAUAAAAUUUGGCAAAUACAAGUUGAAACUAAAAUUAAAAGCACUCACAAAAUUUGGAAAAUAGGUUAAAACUAAAAUUUAAAACUAAAAUUAAAAGCACCCACCCUUAUAAAAUGUGGCAAAAUAAAACUAAAAUGAUAACGUUCUCACCCUUUGUAGAUAUUGAUCAAAUAAAACUUGUGCUUUUACUUUUUACAUUUUGUCAGUCUUUCAAGGGUUUUCUUUUCAUUUAAUUUUGUUAAACAAAACUUCUUGAAGAUAGACAAAAUAAAAACAGUCACUUGUUUGUUAAAUUAAAAGCACUCACCUUAGGAAAGUAAACAAAAUAAAUGUUCACCCUUUGAAGGUAAACAAAAUUAAACAAAAAAUAAAAGCACUUACCCUAUGGAAGGUAAACAAAAUUAAAAAAAAGUGAAAGCACUCACGCUUUUAAAUAUAGACAAAAUAUAAGUUUUCAAAUUGACGGUAGACAAAAUAAAGUAAAGUAAAGUAAAAAUAAAUCAAAAGUACUCCCCUGCCCUCACCAAUUAAAUAUAGACAAAAUAUAAACAAAACGUAAGUUUUCAAAUUGAAGGUAGACAAAAAACUAAAGUACUCACCCUUUGAAGAGAGACAAAAUGAAAAUUAAAAGGGUAAACAAAGUAAAACAAAAAACUAAAAGUACUCAGACUUUGAAGGGUCAAAAUAAAACUACAAAACUAAAAUUACACACCCUUUGAAGAUACAAGUAAAAAGUCACCCUUUGAAGAUACACAAAAUAAAGGUAAAAGCAGUCAACCUUUGAAGAUAAAAGUAAAAUCAGUCACUUUAUCUUCACAAAAUAAAAGUAAAAGCAGUAACUCUUUGAAGAUACACAAAAUAAAAGUAAAAGCAGUCACUCUUUGAAGAUACACAAAAUAAUAAAAGCAGUCGCCCUUUGAAGAUACACAAAUUAAAGUAAAAGCAGUCACUGUUUGAAGAUGUUCAAAAUAAAAGUAAAAGUAGUCAUUCUUUGAAGGUAAACAAAUUAAAAGUAAAAGCAGUCACUCUUUGAAGGUAAACAAAAUAAAGUAAAUCUUUGCCUCACCUAGUUUGACAGAAUGACAUUUAAAAAAAAUACAAUGCUUCCUCCCACCUCCAAAAACAUGCACCUGCGGAUAGGUUGAUUGGCAACACUAAAUUGGCCCUAGUGUGUGAAUGUGAGUGUGGGUGUUGUCUAUCUGUGUUGGCCAUGCGAUGAGGUGGCAACUUUUCCAGGGUGUACACUGCCUUCCGCCCGAAUGCAGCUGAGAUAGGCUCCAGCGACCCCCCGCGACCCUGAAAGAAAACGGAUGGAUGAACAAUGACAUAAUUGGUGUUUGUGCUUUUAGCUGGGAACCUGUUUACUUUAUUUAAUGUCCUAUACAUAGGUAAAAUUACUAAUUGUACUAUUUCAUAUAAUACAGGUGUUUUUUAAAUCAACUUCAAUAAAUAUAUUAGUUUUUUUUAAUGUCUAUUGUCAUGUGAGGUUGUAAUUAUAUAUGGUUGUGUAUCAAUAUACUGAAUUGUUGUGUAUUAGUAGGUUUAUGAAACAGUAUAAUGAAUGCUUUGGUGGUAUUUCUGUACUUACCGGUAUAUUGGUUAUCAUUAAAAUAGUACAGCAUUAUAACUAUUGUUAUGAUUAAAAUAGUACAGUCAAUUAU